UAGGAGAAAAACCAGAAAGCUCAUUGAAAAACGCGCCAAACUUGUAUUUCUUCAACACGUCGAACAUAAGUGUGUUUAUUGGUGUGCUAUUUGCUGUUGAUUUCGUGAUAUUAUUGUAAAAAGGGCUUUUUGUAAUGCCUAUCUAUGUGAAGAAUCCUUCCAGAAAUGGCGAGUAUAACACCAAUCUGGACGAAUGGUGCAUCGUGGAGUUACAGGGUGAUCUCGAUGUUCGUGGCGAUCGCAUAAUGGAUGGUCAGUUUAUCGGCGAUCUGCUAUACAACAAAUAUGGUCAGCCGAUUUUAAUCAUUGGUCACCAUAUACUGCAAGGACGGUUGCAGAAAAUCGACAAACCAUUGCUGGUGGUGGAAAAGUGUGACUUACAGCGACGGGACGCGGGAGAGGAUGAAACGAUGCUAGACAUUAGUCAGCUGACGGUCACCCAGAGCCAAGAACAGCACGAUCUCGAUUCAACGGCUCAUUCGAUCACUUCCAAUCGAACCGUGCUCGAUACGACCGUUGCCAUCGAACACAAGGUGGUGCCGAAGGUGGAGUACCGAGUAAGAGCCGUGGUGCGUAACAAAGUGCUGUUUAAAGCACGUCCCAAACCUAUCAUUGCCAACGUUUCCAAAACAGUCUGAAAUCAUUUAGUGUAAGUUUUUAUAUAAAAAAUAUACAUUUUUCUUUAAUUCUCUUUAAACCACCACAUAUAUCAGCAUCGUUUGCUAUGCGCAUCGAAUCUUUAAUGGCAUUAUUACGCUUCUGAAUAUUCCGGUGAUCACUUAUCACAACACUACAAUGAUGCUGCAUUAGUGCAUCAUUUCCGCCACCAAUGUGUAGCAGGUGCUAUACCGUGGUGAAGGUGUUUUUUUUUAUCGUGUGAUUCACCUUUUGCUCACCGGAAAUGAAACAUUUGUCACACAAGUGCGAUGAAAAAUGGACGUGUACCAUACGAAGGUACACGAUAUCGAUCUUCUAUCCAUGCUAUAAAAGCUUCUUUCGCACUUGCGCUGAGUAUCGUCCCAUUUCAACAGUGAUUCCGAACGGUUAAAACCACUGCAUCUGUAUUUAACAUACAUAAAGGCGAGUGUAUAAAAAAAUGAAUAAAAUUAUCGGUUCAUGUUUCCUGCUGUCUUUGGUGCUGCUGCUGGUGGUGAAUUAUGCCUCCGCCGAGCAUAAGAAACCGGAUGAUAAGCUUACGCGAAUUGAUAAUGUGGAGGGGGAGAUGAUUAAACCGCUGAAUGACAUUCUUGGCGAGCUGGAAGGAUUGAGAAUUCGAAGAGCUGCUCAGGGAGGCGGUGGUGGUGGACAAGGUGGACAGGGUGGCCAAGGAGGACGCCGUGGACCACCAGAUGGUGGGCAAGGACAGCGUGGCGGACAGGGUGGACAGGGCAGUGGAGAAAAUUAAUCUCAAAAGCUGACAGCACGCGGUUGCGGUGAUUCCGCAAGCCUUCCAAAUAUAGUCUUCCUACAAUAGCAUUGAAA